GGAAGGGGGGGGGCGCCCCCGGUAGCCUGAGUGCCGCAUUCAGGGAAACCGAGGCUGGAGAGCCGGAGCGGCGGGGCCGGGGCUCUUGGCUUCCUCGCGGGCCUCUUCACGGCUCUUGCCGUCACCCUGGGGUCCCUAGGACGGGCUCGAGCCUCGGGAGUGGUUCUCGGUGACAGCAGCAGGAGCCACCAUUGAUUCUGUGUCUGUCGGGUGCUGAGCCCGGUGCUAACCCUUUACUUCACUUAACGUCCUUUCCACUUCACCUUCACAGCAGCCCUGCUAGGAGAUUGUGGCCCAGCACAGCCCCUGCCAGUGAUGGGAAGCGGUGCUCAGUGGCAGCGCUGAAGCUCUCUGACUAUGAUUCGAAUUGCAGCCUUAAAUGCCAGCUCUACGAUUGAGGAUGAUCACGAAGGAAGCUUUAAAAGUCACAAAACGCAGACCAAGGAGGCCCAGGAAGCAGAGGCUUUUGCCUUGUAUCACAAGGCCCUGGAUCUCCAGAAACAUGACCGGUUUGAGGAGUCAGCCAAGGCCUACCAUGAGCUCCUGGAGGCGCGCCUGCUGCGAGAGGCAGUUCCGUCUGGUGAUGAGAAAGAAGGGUUGAAGCACCCUGGGCUGAUGCUGAAAUAUUCCACAUAUAAAAACUUGGCCCAGCUGGCAGCCCAGCGAGAGGACCUGGAGACCGCUAUGGAAUUCUACUUGGAGGCAGUCAUGCUGGACUCCACGGAUGUCAACCUCUGGUAUAAAAUCGGACAUGUGGCCUUGAGGCUCAUCCGGGUCCCCCUGGCUCGCCAUGCUUUUGAGGAAGGGCUGCGGUGCAAUCCUGACCACUGGCCCUGCUUGGACAACCUCAUCACUGUCCUGUACACCCUCAGCGAUUACACAACAUGUCUGUACUUCAUCUGCAAAGCUUUGGAGAAGGACUGCCGGUACAGCAAAGGACUGGUUCUCAAGGAAAAGAUCUUUGAAGAACAGCCUUGUCUCCGGAACGACUCCCUCCGAAUGUUCCUUAAAUGGUGGGUCUUGCCUCUUCCUGUGCUGGUUCUGCACUCCCCCCUCCCCCAACAGUGUGUGGCUGCUGGAGGGCAGGAGGCGUGUAUACCUCCUUUCAGGUCCUCACUUCCUGGCAGUUGAGCCCCUUCAUCCCCCACUGCACCCCCUCACCUGGCUUUGAUCUUGCUUUGCCUAUUACUCGCCUGUGUGCCUAAUCAUGGCGGUGCCUCCUUGGCUAUCUGCUGCCUGCCUUUCCCACUGCCCUGCCGGCUCUUGGCAUUCACCAGCUCUCCUCUGGAUUCUUGUGGUAGCCUGCUGUUCACCUCGUCUGCCCUCCACCUGCUUUUUCUGUUUCCAGGGCUUUGCUCCCAAGUGCUUCCCAAGUUCAGUCUCCCAGAUAUGACCUCGAUACCCCUGCCUUGCCUCCAGGACAAAGCUCAUGCUCAGAGCAUCACCCAGGAAGUCCUUUACAGUCUGACCCCCUUAGUUCUCCUUGCCUCCUAUUUCUCCCUGCCCUAGGUCCCUGACAG